GCAGAGUAGAACGGAACAGCAGAGAGACGAGUGAGAUCGGCAGCAGUUUCGUGCCACGGGGCACUGGCGAUCAAGCUUUUUAGCUUCACUCCACGAUUAAUAUUUAUUUUUCAUCGAUUGGUGAGGGGUGAUAGAGAUUUAUCAAAAAAAAAUCGGCGGUCAGUUGUCGGCAAACGUCAUAGCGAAAAUUACGUAACGAUUUCUUUUUUCGUAGUGCUUGGGAUUUUGGAGAUCGGCAAUGAUGACCUAGGUGUGACUUGACAGUUUUUUGGAAAUAUUGUUGAGGAUAUUGUUGGAUUUUUCGUGGAGAGCAGCUACCAUGAAGUCUCUGAGGAACCUUCUCACGUUCGUAUUCCUGGGGACUAACCUGACGAUUCUUCAGGCGCAUCGUGAGCACAAGGUUCACAAUAUCGUUUUAUAUCCGGACAAGCAUAGCUGGUGCAAGACGACGCCAAUAAAGCAGGUUGUCACAUGGCCCCAAUGCUCGUCCCAAGAGUUGGAUAACAACGUAUGCGUUGGAGCAUGUUUCUCAUAUAUGGUACCACACAGCGAGCCCUCAGCUCCGGGAGACCUUAUUAGGCCUUACUGUGACUCCUGCCAGCCCCUUGAUAGUGUCUGGCAUACGGUGACCCUCGACUGCAAAGAUGAGGAUAACAAUCCGAUAACAAUGCAGAAGAAGGUUCAAAUAAUCACAAACUGCUCCUGCUCUUCUUGCAUGGAGACAUCUCAGAUAAAGCCGGACUACAACACCCUCUUGCGAACGCUUGCCGAAGAGAACAUGGACAAGAACGUAAACAUUAUUCAUGAGACUCCGGAUCUUCUCUUGGACCCUAACCUGAGCUCCUCAAAGAAUACGACCAAGGAUAAUCUUCAGGUCAGCGACAAGUUUCUGCAGUUCUUCAAGCAGAUGAAGGAGAAGGAGAAGGUGGACGAGGCAGAAGCCAAGGAGCUGUUCGCAAAGUUCGAGGAAGGCGUCGAUCUGGGGAAGUUGCAGGAGAUUCUGAAGAAAUAUCAGCAUGGGGAGGAACACCAGAAGCACCACAGUCACAGUCACAAUCAUCAUAAGGUGGAAAAGAGUCAUUUGGAAGAGGGUGAGGCCAUUCCGAGUCUUCUUCAUGCCAGUUUACACAGGGGCCCUCAUCAUUCUUUGGUUCUUGAGCCGGAUGUCAAGGGGAAGAUCGAUGUCGAGCCGCAUGAUCUGCAGCCGGCGGUUGCCGGACAGGAGAUCAGUUAUCAGGAUACCGUUGCCGUGGAUAAGGAUAAGAAGAAGGACUUCAUCUAGGGAAUUUUGGCUCGAGGCGUGGGAAGAGAAAUAUUCGUCAAGAAUUUUGGGAGAACAAUUCCUUGAUUUUGAAUUUUUCUCGUAUGGAGCUAUAAUUAUCAUCAAUAUUUGAUGACACAAAUCGAAUUUGAUGAAAAGAGAUUAGUUAUAGGGUAAAUACAAAUUGCGUUAGUUCGAACUAAAGAAAAAGCAAAAAUAAAAUUUUAAUAUAUUUAAUUAACUAAUUAUUGUAUAAUUAAAAAUACGUUAUUUAAACAAUUUUUGGGUAAUUGUGGCGCCAAGCGUUUCAUGGCUUACUCCGUACUGUAAUUUUAUAUAUUUUUUAACUUAUCGAUCGAAUUUCUGUAGAGAGUGAGCAAAGUGCACAGUUGCACACAGUUCAAUAAAAGGGAAAGAGUCGAUA